UGGAAUUCUACAAGGUUGAUAUAAAGAGUGUUCCCUUGCUUUUGUCCCCGGUCUCAUCCACUUUCAUCACAAACUACUUCGAACGCUUCUUAGCUAUUGUUCAUUUCAUAUCUCUAGCAAGGAUCCAGCAAUAAAAUGCAAUCCAACGACCUCCAAGAGAUUGCUCUCGCCCUGCGCACUGCGCGCACCAACCGGCAACCCAUCGACGCGCCCAUCAAGAAUUGGCCUGGCCUCGACGCCGACAGUGCCUUCAAGGUGCAGCAGAUUACUGUUGAUCAUGCCGUGAGCAAUGGUGACAGGAUGGUUGGAUACAAAUUGGGCAAUAUCGCCAAAGCCAUGCAAGAUGCCUUUGGCCUUGACAAGCCUGACUACGGCUUCCUGCUCGCCAGCACUUUUGCCUAUGAAGGAACCUCACUCUCACUCGACCAGUAUAUCGAACCGUUUGUUGAACUGGAGCCAGCGUUCGUCCUACGAGGUAAUCUCCGCGGCCCCAACGUGACCGUCGCCGAUGUCAUCAACGCGAUCGACUACGCCAUUCCCGCAAUCGAAAUCAUCGACUCGCGGGUAAAGAACUGGGAGAUUGGACUCGCAGACACACUGGCAGACAACGGGUCAACAGGUUCAGUCCUUCUUGGAGGGACUCCUCGACGGUUAACGGAUCUCAACCUGAGCAACACCCGGGGAACUGUCCGUUUCAACGACCGCGAGGUUAUGGCUGGGAAUACGAAGAACAUCUUGGGGAACCCUAUAUCUGCGGUCGCGUGGUUGAUUAAUCGACUGGCUGCGUACGAUAUCGAGUUCAAAGCUGGUCAAGUCAUCAUGCCGGGUAGUUGUUUGCAGGCAGUGCCGAUGAAGAAGGGGCAUUGGUCUUGCACGUACGAGGGUUGGGGGACCGUCGAGUUUGAUGUUGUUUAAUAGAUAGCGUUGGAUGAAUGUGAUGUAUUAAAGAAGAACAAGGAA